AUGUUACUUAUCCGUAGGCUGUGUGUUCUCCCUUCCACCUCUAGCCUGCUGAAGUAUCAUUCACUGGUCAGUGAGGGCUCUGCAGGGGUCAGCAACAAAACUGGGGCAACUCCCUUGCCCUAUGACCAGCUGCCUGGUGACUGGAAGAAAGGAUGGCAAGGUUUAUAUCAUUUCUGGAGAAAGGACGGAUUCCACAAUAUUCAUCAUCUGAUGGUGGAAAAUUAUCAGCGCUUUGGACCUAUAUACAGGGAGACUCUGGGAACAUAUGACAGCGUUUACAUCCAACAUCCAGAAGAUGCUGCCUCCUUAUUCCAGGUAGAAGGCAUACAUCCUGAGCGUCUUAGAGUCCAGCCAUGGUUCGAAUAUCGUGAUUACCGCAAUAAGAAAUAUGGAGUGCUACUCAAGAGUGGAGAGGAGUGGCGUUGUCAACGACUGAUACUAAAUCGCGAGGUCCUUUCUGUGGCAGGGAUGAAUCGCUUCCUGCCACUGCUGGACAGUGUGGGACAGGAUUUUGUCCGUAGAGUUUACACUCAAGUGGAAAAGAGUAAUCGGGGAAAGUGGACUGCUGAUUUGACCAAUGAGCUAUUUCGAUUUGCACUAGAGUCUGUUUCCUAUGUGCUGUAUGGACAGCGGCUCGGUCUCCUGCAGGAUUAUAUAAACCCUGAAUCUCAGAAGUUCAUAGACUCGGUAUCAGUAAUGUUCCACACCACCAGUCCAAUGCUUUAUAUUCCUCCACGGCUGUUGAGACUAAUAAACUCAUCUGUUUGGACAGAUCAUGUGAAGGCAUGGGAUGCCAUUUUUAACCAUGCUGAUCGCUGUAUACAAGGUAUAUACAGUUCCUUAAAGCAACGGUCAAAUAGUACAUACUCUGGAGUCCUUUCUAGUCUUCUCCUUCAGGAUCAGAUGCCCCUGGAGGACAUUAAAGCCAGCAUUACGGAGCUGAUGGCUGGAGGUGUGGACACAACAUCCAUGACUUUACAGUGGGCCAUGUAUGAGCUAGCACGUGCCCCAGUGGUGCAGGAGAAGCUCAGGGCUGAAGUUCUGGCUGCCAGAGCAUCUUCUGGAAGUGACCUCACAGCACUGUUGAAGAUGAUCCCAUUGGUCAAAGCAGCAAUAAAGGAGACACUCAGGUUGCAUCCAGUGGCUAUCACAUUGCAGCGAUACACCCAGAGGGACACCAUCCUCCGUAACUACAUGAUACCAAGGGGGACAUUGGUGCAGGUUGGACUGUACGCAAUGGGUCGCAAUCCAGAUGUAUUUCCUUCUCCUCAGCGGUUCUCCCCUGAACGCUGGUUAGGGGGUGAAUUGACACAUUUUAGAAGCCUAGGCUUUGGGUUUGGCCCUCGGCAGUGCAUCGGAAGAAGGAUAGCAGAAAUGGAGAUGCAGCUCUUCCUUGUACACAUUUUGGAGAAUUUUAAGAUAGAGGUAAACCGGAUGGCUGAGGUGGGAACAACCUUCAAUCUCAUUCUCUUCCCUUCCAAACCCAUUCUUUUAACUCUACGCCCUAUCUCGCCGGACCGCCCUGAACACCUUUCCUAAAGCCUCUAUGCCUUGUGAACUUGCUGAUGUAGCUCAUCUAAUAUAGUCUCCAUAAACGGGGAUAUCAUUUAGAGAACUGAUAUCAUUACAGUUAUAGAAGCAGAAAUGAAGUGCUGUGACCACCAUGUGAUCUGGAGAAUGCGGCUGAACUGAUCAUUGAAUUCUCAAAUGUCUAAUUAGCAGAAAUUGGAGCUGUUGAGUCUAAUUUAUGAAGUGCCUUAAUUUGCACUGGUGCGCCUGGAUUUCCACUAAAGUACAUUGAUUAAGAAUUACUGCAACAUUUACAGAGGACCAGAAGUUUGCAGCAGCCGUGGAAAGAGAUGGGAAGAACUAGAUUUAUGGAACACUGUGAAAACUGUAUUCAUUUUGUUGUACAAAAUUAUUAAAAGGAGAUAAAGAGUUGGAAAAAACACAUUAUUAGGGCAAAUCCUUUAUUUGAGGAAGAUCAUUUAGAUUAAUUUCCUUCACCAAAACAAGUGAAUAUCACAUAAACUCUGAAGUAGCUGAGCCGAGGUCUUGUCCUACAUGAUGGCUACUGCUGCCUAUGAGCAGGAUUAGGGGCUGAUGCAGACUGGAAUGUCAGAUGUUUUUUGUAGUGUAUCUUGUGCUUAGUAAAUGAGUGCACACAAGUCCGAGAUUGCGGAGACAGAACGGGGUGUGACGGGGUAUUUUCACAUAACGUUCAGUAAGGGCAUGACAAGCAAAUGUAUCCCAUGCAAACAAGUACUUAGAAGUAUAUACACUUGUUAGGAGGUAUAUAUUUUACCUCUAGUAUAUGCAUACUAGCCUACUCUCCACGUAUGGCCGGGGGGCUCCCGUAAAUCGGUUUCGUCAUCGUAGCCUGCCCCUGCUUUACAAUGCCAGUAAUAUGGGCAUUGUAAAGCAGGGGCGGGGCCACGAUCGUGUCUCCAUGCCCCCAGACCGCCCUCUAUUCCAGAACCAUGCCCUCCAUGACCGGCACGUAUGAAUAUAUGGCAGGUGCCAGUACAAAUUGAUAACAAUGACUAGUAGUAAAACAGACACAUAUGCUGCUGAAGUACAUACGUACAGAUCAUGAGAUGAUACGCUACUUUUCUGCACGUUUCCCAUUUCAGUAUUGUACAGUUUAUUUACUUACAACUCUAUAUCAGCCCCCCUACUAGUAUAUAUACUGUAAGUUCUCCCAAUAAUAAUUAAUGUAUUUUGUUACUUAUAAAAUAAACUUGUUUUUUUAAUAACAUGUUUUAGUUAUUUUCAGUACAAAUGUGCAUACAGUACCUACAGUAGUCAUCAGAGAAAAUAAUUUGUUAAGAGAUAAACACUGUAAGAUACUGUACAUAUUAGAAAAUUAACAGUUGUGUUUUUAAUGUAAGUUUCAACAAGACAAACAUAAAAAAAAUCAAUAAAACAAUUAACAAAAUGAA